AUGCUUCAUCUUCGUUGUGUACUAGUUGGGGAUCCCUGUGUAGGAAAAACUUCUUUGGUUGUGUCAUACACAAGAAAUGGAUUUUGUGAGCGUUAUUGUCCAACAGCAUUUGACAAUUAUUCUGUAACAGUCUGUGUAGAUGGAAAACCUUUGCGGUUAGAAUUGUGUGACACUGCAGGAAGGUCAGAAUUUGAUACAAUUCGUCCUUUGGGUUAUGCUGAUGCUUCUGUUUUUUUGUUGUGUUUUAAUGUUGCAAAAAUAUCCACAUUACGUUCAGCUACGCAACGUUGGCUGCCAGAGAUACGUGCAUUAGCUCCUUCUGCACCUAGUAAAAUUAUUUUUUUAGUAAUUUUUAUAAUUAUUUAUGAGAUAAAUUAUUUCAAGAAUAAUCUUGAACUUCGGAAAAAAAUUUUUUUUUAA